CGGUAGAUUCCUCUCUGUCUAUCCGCCUUGGUCUCUCCCCUCUGCUGGCCUGCCUGUCUGCCUGCCUUGAUUAGAUCACAGAUCACUCUGACCAUCCAAAACUUACUUCAGUCAAAAGAGAAAACUACUUCACAAUGUCUUUCAGGGCCUCUACCACUUCUUACAGGAGCUCAAGUGCCCCAAGGAGCUUCAGCAGCAGCUCUUAUGCUGGACCAGGUGGCAUCACCUCCCGCAAGACCUUCACAGUCAAGAGCUCCUAUGGAGGUUCUGGCAGCAGGGGCUUCGGAGGAGCAGGCUUUGGAGGAGCAGGCUACGGAGGAGCAGGCUACGGAGGAGCAGGCAUUACCAGCAGCUCUGCGUACAACGUCAGCUCCAGCAUGGGUUCUGGAGGCUUGGGUAUGGGCUAUGGAGGCGGCAUGGUUGCCCAGGCCCCCAUCACUGCCGUCACCGUGAACAAGAGCCUGCUGGCCCCUCUGAACCUGGAGAUUGACCCCACAAUCUCAGUCGUCCGUACCCAAGAGAAAGAGCAGAUCAAGACCCUCAACAAUCGUUUUGCUUCCUUCAUUGACAAGGUUCGUUUCCUGGAGCAGCAGAACAAAAUGCUGGAGACCAAAUGGAACCUGCUGCAGGGACAGACCACCACCCGCUCCAACAUCGACGCAAUGUUUGAGGCCUACAUCGCCAACCUCCGCAGACAGCUGGACAGUCUGGGCAACGACAAGAUGAAGCUGGAGGCCGAUCUGCACAACAUGCAGGGCCUGGUGGAGGACUUCAAGAACAAGUAUGAAGAUGAAAUCAACAAGCGCACGGAGUGUGAGAACGACUUUGUCCUCAUCAAGAAGGAUGUGGAUGAGGCCUACAUGAAUAAGGUCGAGCUGGAGGCCAAGCUAGAGAGCUUGACAGAUGAGAUCAACUUCCUCAGGUCGAUCUACGAGGAGGAACUGCGUGAGCUCCAGAGCCAGAUCAAGGACACCUCAGUCAUUGUGGAGAUGGACAACAGCCGUAAUCUAGACAUGGAUGCCAUUGUGGCUGAGGUCAGGGCGCAGUAUGAGGAUAUCGCCAACCGCACCCGUGCUGAGGCAGAGACGUGGUACAAGACCAAGUAUGAAGAGAUGCAGACAUCCGCCAACAGAUAUGGAGAUGACUUGCGAGCUACCAAAACAGAAAUUGCAGAUCUCAACCGCAUGAUUCAGAGACUCACAUCAGAGAUUGAUGCCAUCAAGGGACAGCGUGCCAACUUGGAGGCACAGAUUGCAGAGGCUGAGGAACGCGGCGAGCUGGCGGUGAAGGACGCCAAGGGCCGGAUCAAGGAGCUGGAAGAGGCACUGCAGAGAGCCAAGCAGGACAUGGCCCGCCAGAUCAGAGAGUACCAGGACCUGAUGAACGUCAAGCUGGCUUUGGACAUCGAGAUCGCCACCUACAGGAAGCUGCUGGAGGGAGAGGAGGACAGACUGGCAAACGGCAUCCAGGCCAUCAACAUCUCCCAGCAGAGCACAAGCUACAGCGGUUUCCCUGCGGACAGUAUGAAGAGCAGCUACUCCAGCGGAUACAGCAGCGGGUACAGCAGCGGUUAUGGCAGCGGUUACGGCAGUGGUUACGGCAGCGGCGCUGGUGGCUUCAGCAGCGGCAGCGCCGGCGGCUACAGCACCACCACACAGACCAAGAAAAACGUCGUCAUUAAGAUGAUUGAGACCAAGGAUGGCAGGGUGGUGUCCGAAUCCUCCGAGGUCAUUGAGGAUUGAGCCGUCUAGAUUAGAAGUGCAGCUACCUGCCUGCUAUGAUCGCCUCUGCCUCUCUGGUAGUUUUAUACUCGCCGCUCACCCACCUCCACUAUUGUAAUAAAACAGUCUGAAGUAAAAUGCUUUCCGGCCACUCUCCAAUAGAGCACAAACAUGUGUUACAUGAAGCAAUAAAUGAUCCUAACACUACCAAAGAUCUGAAAGGGACCAACGAACUCAUUCAGUUUAUCUGAUGUCUGACUGUUUGUACUAAAAGAAGUAGUUUUGCACCGACCAGUGAAUUUCAACUUGGGCAAAUUGCAAGUAGGGAAGAAAGGAAAAAAAAAUAGAGCACAUUCCCAUGAAGUCUAUGCAAGUGCUGUACCACACAUGAAGGGCCAUUUUGUUGCAUUUAAUGAAUAGUGAUCCUGUUAAAGGAAUGUGAAUGUACUGAAACAGAGUUUCAGUGUCGUUGGUCAACUUUUGUUUUAAAGUUGCCUCCUACAGUAGGUAGUGCAUAUCUUCCCUGUGCGUGUUCUGUAACUGAAACUGUUCAACCCCUUAGGAAGCUGCCCGUGUCACACUGUUGUCCUGAGGUGCUGUUUUUGCUACCAAACUGAAUAAAAAUGUGUUUACUAAAUGGA